UCCUGGAGGCUCAGGUGCACUUUAGGUUUGGCUCCACCAUAAACCACCACCACACGGAGGAAGGCAUUGCUGCUAGAGGUGUAAUGGACGUUAAUACUGCUUUACAAGAGGUGCUGAAGACCACCCUCAUCCACGGUGGCCUAGCACGUGGAAUUCGUGAAGUUGCCAAAGCCUUAGACACGCAUCAAGCCCGUCUUUGUCUGCUUGCAUCCAACUGGGAUGAGCCUCUCUCUGUAUGUCAAGUUGGUGGGGAGGCCCUUUGUGCUGAACACCAAAUCAACCUCAUUAAGGUUGAUGACGACGGGAAACUGGGGGAAUGGGUCGGCCUCUGUAAAAUUAACAGGGAGGGAAAAUCCUAUAAAGUGGUUGGUUGCAGUUGUGUAGUGGUUAAGACUAUCUGUGGCAGAGAGUCUCAGGCCAAGGAUGUCAUUGAGGAAUACUUCAAAUGCAAGAAUUGAACAAAUAAAAAUCUUGGUUCUUGUUCCUCAAAAAAAAAAAAAAAAAAAACCUAAAACUACAAUCUAAA